AUAUACUUGUAUCCAUUGGACAAUAUUUCUUGGGAUUAUUUUAUUACAAAGGAAUCAAUGAUGGUAUAGAUCAGGAUUUUGAGAAGGCAUUUGAUUGGAUCUCAAAAUCUUCGGAUAAUUGA